AUGUCAGUGUUACUUCCGUGUUCCGCUUACCUGUUACACCUGUGUCAUAGAAGGUGCGACUCCAGUUCUGCCUGCCGGUGCACCUGCUGCGCUUUUUGUGCCAUGACUGAGGAGCAAGUAACAUGCGAGUUAGUGUGCUCAUCAACGGAUCAUCCAGAGGAGACUUCACACACCGUCAACCCCAAAGAGAUGGAUAGUGAGCAGCCUAUUUUCUCCGUUUUAAGCGGCAGUGUCAAACAGCAGCAGCAGGUGGGGGACACCAUCACCACCACCAACACCAGCACCAACAACAACAACACCAACACCUCACCGGCUGCGACCGCCUCCGAUACCGAGUCUGGCAUCUUCUCCGGUGAAUGUGAGCUCUGUGUGGAGCAUGAGUCUGAGCUGGACUGGUUCUGUGGCACCGAGCAUAAACUAAUUUGCUCACACUGCGCCAUCGUAGGGCCCUGCCGCGGACAUACUGUGACCCCUCUGGCCACCAGAGUUACCGCACUCAGGAAUCAACUAGUGGAUGUGUGUGAGAAAAUGCAGCUGCAGGCGCUGAGGAUUGAAAGGUUUAUCGAGCAGACACUGACUGCCAAAGAGCAAAAGCUUCAGGUAUCGGCAAGCAGAGCAAGGGAGCAGGUGCUUGCUCAGGUCAGUGCGGUACGUGAAGCUCUGGAGGAGGAGGAGCAGCAUCUCUUGGAGGAGGUGCAGAGGGAGGAGGAGCGGGUAGAGCAGUGUCUCCUCACCCAGAGAGCCCACUGGAGCCAAGCCAUGACAAAUCUGUCGCAAACACGCUCACGCCUGGUGCACACACUGACGCACACUUCAGACACACAGCUGGCGAUAAGUGCUCAGGAGAUAGCUGAAAGAAUUGAGGAGGGAGAGGGGAUCGGGGAGCCCUGUGAUACGGUCCAGCUCAACAUGAACCCAGGCUGCGGUGACAGUAAGCUGCUGAGAGGACUGUGGGCCACCGCAGUGCUGCAGGGACCAAAUGCUUAUGGUUCGUCUCAUCUAAAGUUUGAUGAGCGCACAGUGAGCCCUCUCCUAUCCCUCUCUGAUGACCUUUGCACUUUGACCUUCCUCCACAAAAAACCCCGCCAGUCACCACCCUACGACCCCGCACGAUUUGACUCUUGGCCCAACGCUCUGGGUUCGCUGUCUAUGUCCUCUGGUACCCACAACUGGGUGGUGGAUGUAGGCCAAAGUGGUGCCUUUAAGGUCGGGGUAUGCUACACCAGCCUGCAGCGCAAAGGCUCGGGGAACGAUGCUCGGCUGGGCUACAACAGUCAGUCCUGGGUGCUGUCACACUAUGAUGGGGACUACUCCUUCUGCCAUGAAGGGAAGAAGGAGCCCCUACAGGUUGUGAAGAGACCCCAGAAGGUUGGCCUGCUGCUCGACUGGCCAAGUCAGACACUGCUGUUUUAUGAACCGGACUCCAGUGCCGUGCUGCACUCUGUCACGCAUCACUUCAGCGCCCCUCUGCUGCCGGCGUGUGCCGUGACAGACCGCAGUAUCACCAUACUGCACUGACAGACCAACCUUUCUGCCAAAACUAUAAAUGAGCUCGAACAUGUGAAGAAAUGCCAAGAAGAGUUUCUCUACUGUAAAUAUGAUCAGCAGUUUAAAAUCCUCAAUCUGUGCAGCAAUGAAACUCUGGCUUUUUCAAGGCAUUCAUUUUUUUUUAUUUACUUGCUGUGAUUCUUUUUUUUUUACUGUUUUAAAUGACUAAUUCUUUAUCUGUUGAUCAUAUUUAUACAGCAGUGCUAUGACAACAACUUUAGUGACAGAUGAUUGUUUUUUGAUAAAGUUUCACUAUUUGGUUUUAAUAUGAUUGUUUUUAUCACCAGUUUCACCAUUUUAAGGAAAUAUAUAAAAGAAUGAAACUGGUUGAUUCAGUUAUAGAUGUGACAAUGAAACUCAUUCUGUUUUAUUUCCUUAGUAAACAUAUUAUUGCAAUUUGUAUAGCUUUAUUUUCUGACUCUGUAGACAUUUCCAUAAAAACACAAGGUUUUGUUUUGUAAUAUAAUUUAUCAUGGGCGCCUUGUUAUGUUUUAAAAUGGGGGCACCAACUUGAAAUGAUGUCUAAUUGACCUGGGGGUCCUUGUCCAGGUAAAAGUUGUAAUUUCAAAAAUAUGUCCU